AUGCCGGCAUUUCACAUGAUCUAUGCGUUCAUCGUUAUCCUCCAUAUUGAUAUCUAUUCUCUACCACUUGAGCAUUUGUUAAUCCAUACUUGGUCACUUGGCGCUUCGCUCCAUAAUGUACUCAGUCGUAUCAAAGCCCAUCCCCAGACCUACCCCGCAAUAGACAUCGCCUACUCCUCUACAGACCCCAUUCGAGAGCCAGUAACCCUACAACUAUCCUCAAAUGGUCUCCGACUGCGCUUCGACGGUCCCGAUCAAAGAUUACGUCUGAUUGAAGUACUCGACUUCACCAAGAUCCCCCUAGUGUAUAAAAACCAGGAAGUUUUGAAAGGGGGCAAACCGCAGGAACGGGCUGUCUCGCACCAGGGUCCUAGUUUCGGACAUAUCUACCAUCGCCUAUUUGGUCUUUCCUAUCCAGGCGAAUACAGACCUCCGACUAAUCAGUCACCAUACGGCACAUAUGUAUUGUCAUACCCCGGGGUGGCCUUCUCGUUUCCCCUCCAACACUCGGCUUGGUCAGACCAGUGUGAUUUUGGGAGAUUGUUCACUCAAGAGCAAAAGUAUCCUCGAAACCCGGCCCUGGCGGGCAAGAACAGAGAAUCUGUGCCAGAUGAGAUUGAAGAGUUCAAUAUCCUAGGUGCAGGUAAAAUUGAAAUCGUUCGGAGAUCAUCCCCUACCAGCUACAUCACGCUGUCGGAAACCACCCCGCAGGAUCUUGUGGCAGAGUUCGGCCCGCCCGACGCCAUUUAUCGUAAACAUGAUAGGAGGAUAACAAUCCACCGCGCUGCUGGCGGGGGUGGUGAAGACCAUAUUCACAUGAGUCCGCCUCCAGGUAGAGGAAUUGACGUGACUGAUACCGAUCAGUCGUCGAAUAACAGUGGCACUGAAGAUUCAGACGAAGAACUCUAUCAACCCCAUAAUUUGGACCCAUCAUCGCUACCAACAGAAUGCUUCCUGAAUUAUUUCCAUCAUGGGUUCGAUGCAUUCGUAUCUUACCCUACUACCCCUGGGCCUGCGUUUCCAGGAUCCGAACUUCAGGACCCAUCCCCUCCGUCUCCUUCCACUCAGCUGGUAGUGACUAAGAUUGUUCUGCAUGGAAACGUGCCAGGAUCAUAUCCGUUCAAUCGCCAUCGGCGCAGUCGUUGGAAGAUAAAGCUAGACUCAUCUGGGAAUGCAGUCACUUCAGAAACCCGCUACGAUGAUAUCUCUGAGCGGCUUAGAGAGGUCUGGAAGGGCUCUUACGCGAACCCUGCCGAAGAGCGAGCCUUACAGAGGCCUAUGGUACUGAAUCGAGGAUGGGGCGAUAGUCCUGAGAGUAGCGUGGAAUUCCUUGGUGGAUGGGAAGAGAGUACAGGUAAAGGUCAGAGGCCUGGACAGGAUAGUCACGAUGGAGGUUUAGGGAACACCGAGCUCUUUGGCUUUCCUGGUCUGCUGUUUGAGGUUAUGAAGAACAGUGCAGUUAGCUGCUUGACCGUAUAUUAA